UUUUAAAUUAUUCAUAUUCAUUUCUCAUUCUAUGAAUUAAUGAAAAGAUAGUAAUCUUUAUUAAACAUUACAUUAUAUAAAUUUUUAAUAAAAUAAAACAAUAUUGAUAUUCUAUAGUUAUCAAAAUCUAUAGUUAGUCAUCGAAUUUUAUUUAUUCUAUAAAUUUUCUGCAUAUCUAUAUACAGAUUAUUAUUAAUUACCGUUAGUAAUUGAUAGACCACAACGCAGAGAGAACAUAUUAAACCUAACGUCUGCACGAACAUUAAAAUACUGAAGGCAUUUUUUAAAAUCAUAGCCAACCUGUAAUAAAAAUAUUUAAAUCUUCGAAAUCCUUCGUUUUAAUUUUUCCAAAAAAAAAAAAAAAAAAAAAAAAAAAACGAACAGUUCUACGAUUUCAUUUAUCUCGUAAUUUUCUAAACGAAUUAAAAAAUGUUUAGAAUUUAGAGAAGUGCUCAUAAAGGAUUAUAGUACAAUUUGAAAAGAGAAAGAGAGAGAGAAAGAGAGAGAAAGAAGAAAAAUAAGAAAGAAAAUGUAUACAUCGUCGAUGAUGUUUAAUCGCCGAAGAACUAAAAAUAAAAAUAAAUUUAAUACGUUUACUUUAUCUCUUAUCGUUUUUUUUUUCUUUUCUUUUCUUUAUUUUCUUCUCUUACUCUCUAACAAAAUCAAAUCUCACCUUACGAGUUCAGCAUGUCGAUCGAUCAGAAGUUUCAUUUCGCAAUGAUAUUUUCCCAUUUCUAGAUUAACGUUUUUCAAACGAUUUCCAAGAAUCGAUAAUUGUCCGCAUAGAUAAAACGUUAAAGUGACGAGAAGACUGUCCGCGCCAGUUGCACCUACGGUUAACAGAGUACUGGCCGGUAUCAACCAGAUACAGAACAUCGCGUACUUACGCACAUCUGUCACCUCGUAGACGUAAUUUACUUGUACUGGUAACUCAUACGGGAGCGUGCAAUUAUCGAAACCUGUGAAAAACAACAAAGUGAGAUUUAUAUUACUUUCGAAAGAUAUUCGUGUCGAUCAUUAUCAUUGCAGUAAUAAUCUUGUGUUCUUAAAAAAAAAAAGGAAAGCAAGAAGACAGAAUAAAAACUAAGAAAUUUAAAGCUAACCACGUUUAAUCGAAAUCGAAUUUAUAAUAUUGAUCAUUUUUUUAGAUCUAUAAUCACGCGAAAAAGAUUCCAUUUAACGAGUUUGUAGUAUAUAUAUAUAUAUAUAUAUAUAUAUAUAUAUAUAUAUAUAUAUAUACAUAGAUAAUAUUACAAAAGGAAUCUUACUGGAAAGAAUACACUCAAAAAUUGGUUUGAUGUAAAACAAGGUGGGAACGAAGAAAAGGGACAUUGCUGAGGACGUUGUAAACAUAGUAGCUGCCAUAUUAUACCAAACAAUUCUUUCUCUUUCAUUAUCCGUUUGAUAUAAUCCUCGUGAUAUAUCUCUCCUGACAAUAUCCAAGAUUGGUAAAACGAGAUGCAUUUUCCAUCGAAACAUUAAAGCUUUUAAGAUGAUCAAUAUCGUUGGUAAGGAAAGCGUCACAUUUCGAAGCGUUUUGUCGAGAUCGUGCAAACUUUGAAAAAGUCCAAUGAGUUCUAGACUAGUGAAUAGGAUAACGUAAACUAUAUAAAAAAAAAAUCGGAAAUCAUUAGGAUUUUCUGGCCAAAGUCCUGGUAACGUUAGAAGCCUUUUACUCCAGGUCAAUACUUCCUCGUCGUAAAAGAAUUUCGUGUAUUUAUCUAUUCUCAUAUUUUUUGUUUCAUUCGUUCGUCUUUUUUCUUCCUUUUUUUUUUUAAUAUAAUAAUAAUUAUUUCUUUUUUUUUUUGUUAUAUCUAUAUAUACUAAGUAAUUAAUAAAAUUGAUUUAAGAUUCUAGAGGUACUUUGCUCGUCGAAGGUCGCAGAGAGACUGAAACAUUUUUGAUGUUUGUCUUAAAAAGAAACCUUCAUCGAAAAUAAAGAAAAAAGUAUCGAUAGAUAUAGUGAUUAAAUGCAACCAAUCGAGUUUAAAUGUUUACUUUCGGAUAUAAAGAUCAAAAGUGGACAAAGUAGAAAGAUUUCUAAACGAAAACUAAAAAUAAAUUUGUGAAGAAGUGAAAAUGCAUCGUUUGCGAUAAAAUGAUACACACACACACACACAUAUAUAUUUAAAAUAAAAAAUCGUAUGACCGAUCGAUUGACAAAAUUUGCAAUGAAAUCAUGCGAAUUGUCGAGAAAGGAAGGAGGACUUGCAAGAGGAUGAAGAGCGCGUGUGCGUGCGACUUGGAGUUUGCAACGAAGAAACGAAUGCAACCAGUGUUAUACGGUCUUGUGUCGAGAGCAAAUCGAACACGUGGAAGAAUAAAAAUCGGCGAGAGUAGUGAUAAUCAAUAUCAUAGAUCGUUUUGAUUUUAACGAUAACAAAAUUUUCGGGAUUGCAAGAGUAUUUUCAGAGAAAAGUUUUACCAUUAGCAAACGAUGAUAUACCGAAGGGUUACAGCUAUCAGUGCGUCCUUGAUCCUAACUUUCUUCAUGCUCUUCUUAAUUAUGUAUUACUUCAAUCAAAAUAACUGUCCAAUCGGUACGUUUCCUUGUCUGAAUAGUACAAUUUGCAAACCACAAAGUAGUUGGUGUAACGGAGUAAAGGAUUGUCCGUAUGAAGACGAUGAAUCAGCUGAGUUGUGUAUCGAUUUAAACGGAGAUUGGAGUUGGUUCUUGAAACAGGAUAAACUUGGAAAGAAUCAGGAUAAAGAUUGUGAAAUCGUGAACGUUCCCAUAGGAUGUAUUUACAAUCAAUGUCAUGCAACUUGUAAAGGAUAUAAAGAAAUCCCACGGAAUUUGUCGUCGGGAAUCGAUCAAUUAAUUUUAACUAACAAUUCCAUAAGAAGUAUUCCAGCCAAUGCACUCACGAGAUAUACACAGUUACAUUUGUUGUAUCUUGAUAAUAAUAAUAUAAACGAAAUAGAGGAAGAAGCCUUUGUAAAUCAAACAAAUUUAAUUUGGCUUAUCAUAUCGGAUAAUAAAUUAAACGUUAUCGAAGUUGGCGAUUUCGCUGGUCUAAUUAAUUUGGAAACUCUCAAUGCCAAGGAUAAUCAAUUGGUGGCAGCUGAUUUAUCCGAUUUCGAAAAUAGUUCGGCUAUGGAUUUGAUAGACUUUCGUAAGAAUUUUUUAAAUACAACCAACUUCGUGCUUCCACGAUUGCCGGUUUUAAGAGAAAUAAUGUUGAGUGAGAAUCAUUUCGAGAGCAUCACAGCGGACAUGUUUAAGGGUGUGCCUGCUUUACAAUCGUUGAACUUGGAACAUAAUCACAUAAAGACCAUUGAUGAGAAUGCUUUUAAGAAUCUAAAACAACUUCUUGAGCUUAAAUUAGCGCAUAAUCACAUCAUAUCUUUGCAUUUGAACGUAUUUAAAGCCACGAUAAAUCUCACGAAACUAUUGAUCGGUUAUAACCCGAUCGAGGAUUUUUCUAUGGAUGUGUUGAUUCCUUUGAUGAAUCUACGAUCACUCGGCCUCCAGGAGAUUAAUAUGGACAAUCUAGAUAAGGACUCGUUCAAUGUGUUUAACGAUUUGGACUUUAUAUACUUCACAAAAUUUUAUUAUUGUAUGAUAUUUGCAUCGAAGGUACAAAAGUGUUCGCCAGCCAGCGACGGUCUUUCGUCGUUGUCGCACUUGCUAAGCACGUCUAUGUUGAAGGGUGCAGUCUGGGGAAUAUCUUGCGUAACUUUCAUAGGCAAUGCUCUUGUACUUUGGGAACGAUUCACUGCGAAGGAUGAAAAUCGUGUUUUGAGUAUCCUGAUUAGAAAUCUAGCCGUGUCCGACAUGCUGAUGGGCGUAUACUUGUUCAUAAUCGCUCUGGUAGACUUGCAGUUCCGUGAUAACUACAAUAAGGAAGCUAGCUCAUGGAUGUCCUCUUGGGUGUGCAUAUUUCUCGGAGUUUUAGCGAUGAUCUCGUCAGAAGUAUCAGUGCUUAUCCUAUCGUUUAUGUCCGUUGAACGAUUCGUACUGAUUGCCGCACCGUUGAAAGGUCAUCAUGCUAUGAGACCACUAACAGCAGCGGCAUCAAUGAUGUUUAUAUGGAUCACCGGUUUUAUACUCGCUGUUAUUCCAGUUAUUCUAUGGAGAAACAGCACUAGAUUUUACGGGGCAAAUGGUAUGUGUUUUCCUUUGCACAUAGACGAUCCUUACUCAAUCGGAUGGCAAUAUUCCGCAUUCAUAUUUUUAGGAGUUAACUUGUUGGGGCUGAUAACCAUCGGAUACGUUUAUGCUGGCAUGUUUGCAAGCAUUUGGAAAACUCGUCACGCAACCCCAUUAUCAGUUGGCGAUAUGGAAUUUGCUUUAAGAUUCUUCUUGAUCGUCUUAACGGACGCAACUUGUUGGGCACCGAUUAUCGUUCUGAAAAUCUUGGCCAUGAUGAAAUAUCCUGUACCAGAACUUCACGCCUGGAUCGUCGUAUUUAUACUUCCCGUAAACAGUGCUGUGAAUCCUCUCUUGUAUACUUUCACAACACCGAAAUUUCGUGAAAGAUUACUUUAUUUCAAUUGCUUGAAUAAAAUAAGAAAUUUCGUAUCGAGGAAACACUCGUCGCAAGAGUCUCAAAUGUCUGUUACAUUGAGCAGCAAGAAUUUAAUGUUCUCGAUAUCGUCGGCUAAGAAGAACGAUCCUGAGAAGAUACCGCCGUCGUUGGUGAUAGUAGAAGAUGAUUGGAACGAUGAGAUUAUGCGGCAUAUCCUGAAAUAAUUUCGUUCUAUUUACCAUUUUUUUAGCAGAUCGUCCGUUACACGCUUAAUACCGUUUCAUCAUGAUCCGAUCUAAUGAGAUUUCGGCAAAAAUUAUAAUAAUAUCCAUGGUAGCUACAUCCUAUAAUAUAUCGUAGAAUGCAGCUUCUUAGAGUAUUAGAAAUAAAUCAGUAUACGCAUAUAGAGAUACGCGCAUACAUAUAUAAAUAAAAUCUUGUCGAACAUUCAAUAGAAAACUCGAGCUCGUUUCAACCUGACCACGAGGAUAUCCGCCUACGUGGAGAUCGUGCUUUAUGCCGUUCAUAAAAUAUUCCAAACGAGGAUCGCGAAUGCAUUUGCGAAAUUUAUGGCACCGUCUCAGAUCUAUCGGCGAAUCGUGUUCGGCCUGGGACUCCGUUAGAAGCAAAAUAUACUUGCGAAUAUUGCCGCUGCCGUCGCCACCGCCACUUGUUAUAAGCCCCGUUCCUUUCCCCUUACCAUCUCUCCCGCCUCCAUUUUCUUUUUCUCUUUUCUGCACAACUACAAGACUCAUUAUUUUUAUCAUUAUUGAGAGAAAGGAAAAUAUCUCUUUUUAAGUGUCGCCUCGAUGUAUGUCUCUAACUUUUCAACAUAGAAUAGAUUUAAUAUGUGUUUACACAAACAUAUAUAUAUAUCUUUUUCUCUGUGUAAACAUCGUAAAUUUAUUUCGUAUAUACUAAAAUAAAAUUUUGUUGCGUCCGUUUCUAUAAAUCAAACGAGUGGUUAUCUCGCAAAGUAGUUUUCCCUUUGAAAUUGAAUAAAAAUCGAAUCGAUAAGCAGGCAGCGUUGAUGAAAAAUUAUCGACAUAUUAUCGAAUAAUCGCCUAUCGAUUCCGUGCUAACGAGCCGGUUAAUUCCAUUAGUUCUUCAAGUAUAGAACUUCGGAUCGUUAAGUCCGAAGGUGUAACCCGCUGAAAGCGAUCGAAGCCGACGUGGCUGCCAUCGUAAAUCAUCGAGAGACGAUAGGAGAAAGAAAAAAAGAAAGAAAAAAAACUAUGAAAACCAAAAAGGAAAAGAAAAGGUCUUCAUCUUAAAGUUUCUCAUCGAAAUCACGAUGUAAAGUCGGAAAGAGAGUGAAAGGCCGCUCCAGAUCCGUUUGCAGAUUCGAGACGAGAAUGUUGCGCUAAGAGUAUUCAACGAGAAGGAGGAGGAGGAAGAGGAGGAGGAGGAGGAAGUAGAAUGAUGAUGUCGAAACGCAUGCCACCGAUUCGUUCAUCUUACGACUCGAUCAUGCAAAAGAAUAACUUCUUCUUUG